ACAAUACAUGGCGAUUUAGCGAAACUUUGUUCGAUCUUGAAUGCAACCUACAUUAUUCAUUAAUUCAGCCGGCAAAACAAAAAUUCCUGGUGUUGUGAGCGGGAUAAUUCUUCAGAGCGUAAGUUUUGUUAAUUUGCACUUUCACAGACAGCGGGAGGGCUAUUCGCUUCAGAUUACAAAAAUAUAUGUGAAUGAUUUAUCGCGUGAUGAUCAAAUGGCGUAAAAGCAGUUUCCAGACUUAAAUAAUCCUCCUUCUAUGUUUUGGAAAAUACUAGCCAUAACAACAUGGAGGAACAAGUAUCUGAGGCAAAAGAGAUGUUGUCAUCCAAAGACUCACAGCAAAAAGAAGAAGCGGUGAAAAUUUUAAUUGCAAUCUCAAGGCAGGGAAGGAACAAGGAGGCUACAGAUCUUUUAGCUAAAUGCCUGGAAGAGAGCCAGGGAAUCACACCAGAGACUGAAGAUGAUGUCAAGUGGUGUGUGAAGAUUGCAGAAGAGGAAAAAAGACUUAGAUAUGCGGUUGAGCAGCUUUAUAAUUCUGUGAAGAAAGAUGGCGAAGACAAAGUGGCUAUACAGGAUAUUGACGAGGCUAUGAAAAGAGCAAAGGAAAAACAGAAGGUUGGUUACAAUUAAAUGGCAUCACCAAGAAUGAACCUAUUGCUAUUGGUGAAAUGUCUAGUCAAAUCAUGCCUGUGCACUGCCACUUGACCAUGGCUAGGGCACUAAAAGGAAAUGAUAUCCCAAUUUUUGGUAGCCUCCCACACAGAAGUUCUUGGGGGUUUGUCAUGUGUUCCUGGGAACGUGUGACAAACCCCUAAGAACAUCUGCAUGGGAGGCUAACUUUUUUGGAUCGUAUUGCAGGGCUGUCAACCUCUCACAUCUUCAAACAUUGAGAAUUGAUGGGGAAGGGAUGAUAGAUGACGUUAUAAUGCAUGGCAGGUGAAGCCAUUUGUGAGAAAAAAGAGAAAACGCACGAAAAACAUGUUGUUGGAAUUGUAACAUUUGACCUAAUUGGUUUGCUUCCCACCAAUUACGUUAUUGCUAAAAUAUUACGAUGACAUACCUGCGUUUGUGAGGAAACGUUCCAUGUUAACAGUAAGACAGCUCAAACAAAGCAAAAUAUUUAAAAUUUCAUUGUCAGAAAGUCGAAUCUACAAGAAAUGGCAAACUUCGGCAAUUAUACGGGAGAUUUCAGACUCUAAUCUGGAAACCGGGAGAAAUGGUUCAAAAUCUGGAGUCUCCCGGAUUAUCUGGGAGAGUUGACAGCCCUGUGUAUUAGGAUCAUUAGUUAGUUUAUGGUAUCCCGCCACUUGCAUUCAGUUUGGAAUGUCAGGAGGAAUUGGUGGGCACCUGUAACCUUAAUUAACACCCAUGCACAUAACAGCUCACCCUAAAAAAUCCUUGCUACAGGUGCAUGAGCAACAGCUUGACAAAUUUGUCAAUAUACAUGAUGGUGAAAUUAAAUUAAAUGAAAGGAGAUAAAUCUGACUAAGGAGAUACAUGUAGACACAACUUUUGCAGUUGCAAAAAAAGAGAAAUAAAUUUGAGAAAUACUCUUUGAAAAAGUUAUCAUUUUGUACCCUUUUAAUAGACCCUAGCUCCUAAGACAAUGACACUAAAAUUAAUGCAUGUUUUAUAGCAUCCAGGGCAAGGUUGUUCAAAGCUGGGUUAAAAGAUAAACCAGGGUUAGUGUGAAAUUUUUAUCCAGAUAUGAAAGCUUUAAAGACAAAUUCAGUUUAAUUCUUUUUAAUUCAAAUUGAUAAUUGGCUACUCUAAAAAAAUAGAGAAAAUUAUGUGAGAAAAUACUUUCAGGAAAAAGGAAAAGAAACUCAGAUAAUUUAAAUUGAACACCAAGUUUGUGCUAAUCAGCCUUUAAACGACUAGGUCCAGUAUGAAUAUUGUUUAUUUAAUGAAAAGGAAACAGAUGCCCAAGAAGCAAAUAACAGUCCUGAAAAGGAGAAGAAAGAAAUGAGUGAGGAAGUUGGACUGAUGAGCUUGCUGAUCAAUGCUUUGACUGUUGGCAAAAAAGAUGAGUUCACUCUGGCUGAACUAAAGGACACAGUGAUGGCAUAUGCCAGAGGGGAAGUCCCUGAAGUAGUAACGUUGCUGAGUAAGGAAGACAUGGAUAAAUUUAAUAAGGCCUCCGUACUGGAAAAGGUACUGCACUGUGUACUAAGUUAAAACUGUCUACUAAGUUGAAAAAAGAAAAAAGGUUGCAGUAUUCAAUCUGUUCACUCCUUUUAAGCUAUAAAACUGGGUUACAAUUUUAAAACUAGGCUCAGGUAUAAAAUUUGCAUAUUUCUUUUGGUGCUUCCUAAAAUAAAAACCCCAUUUAUUUAGGCCUCCUUCCACCCCUCUCCUUCCCCAUCUCAAGAUGCUACUGGGUCCUUCCCUUACAAGACCCCAUCAAGAAGAAUUUUGUCUACCACCUAGAUUUGAUCUGCAGCUCUGUUUUGGUUCCUUUCAAACCUGCAUUAUAAUUAUGCAUGUACUUUUUUCGCGAAAGAAAGAUGACCAUCACAGUAUCUACAGUGUAUGAACGUUUCUUAUAAUAAAUAACAAUAAAUUAUUUGUUAAGAAAAAAAGGAAAAAAUUCAUUAUGAAAGUUAAUAUUUGAUGAAAUUUCUAGAGAGCUGGCACAACAGCUUUAUUUGUAUUAUUUGAAGAAAAGAUUUGCAGCAAAGCCAGUUGGUACAGCAAUCAUGCCAAUAGCUACUUCCUUCAUCCAAUUAAAGGGAAUCAUAUAAUAACCAAUUAAAAAUGAGUAAUUAGCACAUUGGUACCAUGGUGUGGUCAACCUUCAGGGUUUGGUAGAUAAAUAAGGGGUUUUACAUCACCUCACUUGACAUGUUAUCAAGAGUUGGCUGUGCUGAUGACAGUAAAAUUAAAUGAAUAAAAAAACAUACACUGAUUUGUGUCAUCAACUAGGGAGGUGCUGACAUUUGAUGUCAAGAAGAAAUGUUGUUGAUGUUGUGGUUCAAUUUUUUAAUCGGUGGUUUAAUUUUUGUUGAUCAAACUCAUUACCAUACAUUACCACACCCAAAAAAUAAAAGAAAAUAAAUUUAAACUUAGGAUAAAAUUGAACCACAAAAUCUACCUGACUGUGUUUAUUUGAGCUUGGACUUUGACUUUAGGGGAUUGAUGAAGUGAAACAUUGUUUGCAGAACUACCUGCAUGUGAUGCACUAUAUGAAUUUUGAUUUGUUGCCAAACUUGAGUUAGAUGUUUUCUUUUGUAUAACCAGGUCAUGAAAUAUCCAGAUCAGUCCCUGGAAUCUGCAAAGCACUUCAUCCUUGUAAAGAUUUCUAAGAAGGGAUCCACCUUCUUGAAGUCCUUGAUUCCAACCUCCCAAAUCCAAAUGCUGGUUUUACUGUAUGUUUACAGCCAACUGACUGCAGUCUUCCUCUGGUUUAUAAUUCCCUUGAUUAUUUUCUACAUCUGCUUUUUGUCACUGGUCGUGUUUUCUCUCCAAAUGUUUUAUGGAAGGGAAGCCUUGAGACAACUGAGAAGUGUGUCAGAGCUAAUGAAAAAGUAUGUAAUCUGUUUAUUAAUUUUUGUUUAUGGCAAUAGGCGGGUAUACUCCUUGAAAAUUUGGGUGCAGUUGUGAUGCAUGUGCGCUGAAACUCUAACCCUAGUCAAAUUAAAAUCUUUGAUUUUGCCUGCAGAAUUGUGGACCUCAGAACAGCUCUCUUUAGUAGAUUAAUUAAAAAAAAGACAAAUUCAACCCUAGACCUUACCCUACUUGAUUUAAAAUUUUAGACCAAAAGGGGCUCUAAAACUGUACCCUAUGGGGCUGCAUCUUCCUAUAAAGCUUAAGGGAGUACCCCCCCGCCUCUCUGAGAUAGUAAUGCAUAAAUGGUUUAGGCCACCCAACGCUUAAGCCCAGCUAUAUAGUCAGUAACAGAAUGGUUUUGGUAGCCAUGGAAGUCAAUAGCUAUUUUGGGAUGAAGUAUAAAAAAUAAACAAAUAAAAAUAAAUAAAAAAAUUAACUAUUCCCUUGUUUUAGCUGGAAUAGAAAAUUGUGAACAGCCAGUUACCCCAGGGAUUUGGGGGGGGGGGGGGCGUAUCUGGGGAUAGAAGUGUGGGUGCAAGGAAAACCCAAAAAUAUAAGGCCCAACUAAGGCCACUACCAAAUUACUUUCCCUCUGCAGCUAAGGCUGACCCUGUCUGGUGCAAGAUGCAGGGGGAAGUGUUGCUGGGGUGAACUCUAGAACUGGGUAUUCUUACUUUGCCCUCCCAAAGUAGGUUCCCUCUGCAGCUAAGGCUGACCCUGUCUGCUGUGGUUAGGAUGGGGAAGUGCAAAUAGGGUAAGAAGGGUGUUUGCAUAGGCUCUUUAAAACCUGGUCUCUUUUUACACCCCUCCAAAAGUAGCUUCCCUCUGCAGCUAAGGCUGGUCUUGUCUUCUGUAAGAAGCGGGGAUGUGCAAUUGGGGUAAAAGGGGGUUUGCAGAAGCACUUUAAAAUAUGGUCCCCUUGUUCUGCCUCUCCCAAAGUUCAGCGUCCUCCUUUCAGCUAGAGCAUAGCCUUUUUUAGUGUAUUUGUAAGGAACAAACAAAAACUAUUGCGUGACUUUAAAAAUAAAUAAAAUGCUGUGUAAAAUUGUUAUAUCUUACUAGGUUUGACCCUCGACUGAACAGCAGUGAAGCCGAGAAUAAGUUCAUGUGGAACUCUGUGACUCCAUACAUUUCCUUCUUCACUGUUUUGUUGGUAACUGUGGCUGUGUUUCCACUUUGUGACAAACUCUGGAUACCGUGUUCUGAACUGAGUUUGGUAGCUUUGUUCUUUACAGGUAAAUGCUUGCCAUCUCUCAUGAUAGUUUGUGUUGUGGAUGUUUCUCAGGUACGCACAGGUAGCUACCCGCCUGCUUAGGCAAGGGGGAUACUCCCUAUAAUGGUCGAUAAGAGGAGGCUCUGUCUGAAAGGGGUACCUUUCUCGGGCUUUAGGUACAUUUUUGUAUAUGAAAGAGUGGGGACUUCACUUGCUGGAGUAUUUCAAAAGGUUGGGAAAUCUGUCAUUUUGAGCUAUAAAAAAACCGAAAAGGGCUACAGCGUUCAAACUUAUAAGGUAUGCAAAAGGGAUACUAUUUGUCAAUAAAAGGUAUACGAAAGGGGUACCUUUUCUGUUAAAAAUGGUAUACUAAACGGAGAGGUGUGGACCUCCGGGCAAAGCCUCCCCGUGGGCCCACAUGUGAAUGUAAUGUUCAGAAUUUCUAUUGCGGCAGGGUUAGCUGAGCUGUAGCUGGGUACUGGCCCUUACUUCUCCCCAGUCUUUUCAUCCAUGUCUCUUUUUUAAUACAAAUGAGGGAAGUGCGUAUUAGCUGCACGCGGAGGAGAUGGGAAGAAAGAAAUGAGGGAGAAGGGUAUUCUUUCCUUUCUCUCUUCCUUCUGUCCGUCUUCUCCUUUGUCGAGGUGAUCUGCAAGUCUCCCAUGACCGCAUGCAAACGAUACUGAAGAGAUGACUUAGGAUGAGUCAGGUGCUGGUCUGUGGAGCGUCAAGUCGCAAGUUUGAUACCAAGCAACGGACCAAUAGUUAGGGUCAUUAAACUAGCAGUAAUUAGGGAUUAGUAAGUGAGUUCGAAUGUUGUAGGUAGAAUAACGCACUUUCUGUACGCGUCAGAAUAGUAAACAAGUUCUUGAUCAAGCUUCGUUCUAUUAGACCUACGAAAUCUUAAAAACAGAUUGCAUUUACUUCCAAAAAUUAUUGAGUUUAAACUUACCGAGUAAAGACAGAACCUGACGAGGAGCUAACGAAGAAAAUGAGCUGUGCAGACAAAGAAAACAAGCAAAGCUGCACGUGGAAGAAAAGAAAUGCGCGCGCUCCUUGCCCAUUGAGUCUAUGACGUAUUUCCGGUGCCUGCACGAACCAAAGAGUCGAGAUUCUUUCUGCUAAAUGCUUGUGCCCAGGCUUCUCGCGUUCAGUUUAUGUUGCGUUCUCCUGUCGUCGAACGCAAUAACUGAGGAAGAAGGAAUUGUCUUUGCUUUGGUUUUACUACCACUUAGAAUUUGUGGCCCAGUCUCCAUCGGGGAACCUAAAAACAGUCGUUUGUGCUAUGUAACUUGUUGAAUCCAUGCUUGGAGAGCGCUUUUCCUUAGCUUAUGCAGUUAAAGACCACUCCAUCUAAUGAUUCCAUAUGGUUACUAGUUUCUUCUUUUAGAGGACUGCCGGAUAAAUACGAUGACUUUCCACUGUACACAAUUCUCCUCAAGUUGCUAACCACCGGAUUGUGUAGUUUGGGUAAUGUGCGAGGACUGGCCUUCCUGUGCUACCCAAUUUUUGUUGGUAAGGUAAAGUCAUAUCUCUGCAAAAUUUUAUUGUUUUUCAAUUCUUUUACUUUAUGGAAACACGAAAAGCGUUAAUCCUAUAUUUAAUGCGAAAACUCUUCGUCACGUGAAUUGCAGAGUUCAUCCCUCUGUGUCUGAAUCUUAAUAAAGCAGACACCAAGACCAAGCACAGGGUUCUCAAUAGAUUUUUAAGUAGGAGGUGAUCACUGAUAAGGUAGGAGGCUCUUCAGCAAAGCCAGAGGUGUUAAUACAAAGCAUAGAAAAGCGACUUAAACACAAAGUAAGCGGCUAUAAAUCCCAAAGUAAGCGGCGAUCAAUCGCCGGGUGCCGCCUUCUAUUGAGAACCCUGCAAGCAUUUGGGCCAUGUGCGGAUUGGAAAAAAAUGAAUUAUGAAGUUCUGGUUAGAAAGAAAAAGGGGCGAGAAUGGGGGAUGUGGCGAGCCUCCUUUCCAUACCCUAAUUAAAAAGCUUAGUUCCGUCAAUUCAUUUGAUAAAGUUAAGGGGUUCAAGUGCGAAAGUUAGCCUCCACCAGAGCCAAUUCACGAAUUCCUGUCCUCGGACAGUCAAUUGUUUGUAAUUGUAAUUGUAAUUUUUCUACCAUUGAAGCCCACCUAGAAGUUCCUAACAACUCGUUUAAACGUGUCCGCUCGUUCCAAAUCAAAUUGGUAGAAGUGUAUUGGAAGUGUUAUAUUUGGAAAUGUAUUUGAGGAGAGGAGAAAACCGGAGUUUCUAGUCAAAAACCCCUCGGAGCAAAGAAGAGAACCAAAAAUAAACUUAACCCACAUAUGGCGGCGACGCCAGGAUUUGAACCCAGGCCAGAUUGGUGGGAGGCAAGUGUCCUCAAGUGCUCCCAGAGCUACCUUUAUUACUUGCAUGUACUUUGUAAUCUUCUUUUUUUCGUUCUCCGCAGUGCCCCUUCACUAUGGACUGGAAUUUGACAUCAGUCUUCCAUCCAUUCUCCAAGUGGUAUUUUUUGUCCUGCUUCUCAUUAUGGCGGGCCGUCACUCUUGGCGUGGAAUGUAUAAAGUACUUAUUCCUUAUUUGGUAUGCCUGCUAUGGUGGCAGCUUUUUACCGAAUUGUUUCACUUCACUACCUGGAGCAGCUUGCUUCGCGCCACCCUGGGGUGGGUAAUUUUUGUGACCACGCUACCUUUACUGAUUCUGUUCACUGUUGGCCUGGCUGUGACGUAUUUCGUGCAGUGGUUUAUGACGCUUGAUUUGGCAUUCAAGCUUGCGGUCACAGCUGCAGUUGUAGCGUUUUCAUCGGCUAUGUUUUACUAUUCCAAGCUAGAGAUUCCUCAUGGAGAGAAACUCGAGCCCAAGAAAAAACUAAUCAUGAUCUUGACGGGGUCGGUGGUUGUUAGCCUUUUGCUUCCCGUUGUUUACAUCAGUUUUGUCCCUUCGAUAUAUGGCUCACCCAAAGCCCUGUCAUGGAAGGAGUACUACAAUUCCUGUGUCAGCAUGACUAAGGGGGUUGAAGUCAAUAUCGCAGCAGUACAGAUAAGAUGCAAUGAAUUUCAAGUCGAGUCUGUCAACUGGACUGGAAUUGUAGCUGAUGUUAAGUUGAGCUCUGUAGAAAAUCGCUUUCGUCCCUUGGUCACUUACCUCCCCCGGUUUUUGCAGCCUUCUCUGAAAUGCCUUCUUGGAGAAGAGGAGAAUAGAGGUGGAGACAGGUAUGAGGGCAAAUUUAAAACUUAUAUGUAUACAGAUUUGGUUCCCGGGAUCUUUCAAAGAAACUUUGCUCUUUCGUUCCCUUUCAAGAGCUGUUCUAGAGUAAGCAGUGAAUUAGUAUUAUGCCUUCGAUAUUGUGAAUUGCACAUGGUAAGCAACAGUUGUUUCCUAAUAUUACGAAUUAAAUUAAUAGAGAAAAUCGUUACUUUUUUGGCAGUAACCAUCACACCAUUCGCUAGACCUGCGUGAUAAAGGGAAUUCUGCGCUGUUGUGUAUCCAGAAUUGUUCGAUUAUUGGGCGAGUUUAAACUCAGUUGAUCAGGUCAUACGAUAACUUCUGAAUCUUAUAAUAGCAAAAAUAUUUAUUCAAGUUCUUUAACAGAAACACAUGAUAUAGAAAAACAAGAAAGAAAAAAUAAUGGCCUUAACGUAUUGUUGUCGAGGUUGGCAACUGAAGAUAGAGCAACGAUGGCAGUUCCCUCUCGUUCGUAAAAAAACUAGUUCAGGAGAACAGGAGAACCAUAAAAAGUGACUUUAUUACCUUCUUUCAGGUUCACGGAAGCACGCUGGUGGUUGCCAAAGGCUAAAGGACCGUGUCAUUUAAGAACGUAUGACAGGUACACCUUUUCUGUUGGGGUAAAGAUGACUACUGAUGCAGCAUCACAGCACGAGGAAGUAGUUAGAGUGACUGUCACACACCGAUUCUACCAUACCAUGGUCACAUUACAAGAGAAUACACAGGUAUAAUAUAAUUACGGCUUGUCUUAUUUUUUACAUAUUUGCCACAGGUCAGUAAAUGGUCAGGGGAAAAAUUCCAAGGUCAGAGAACAGUCAGGAACUUCACUUCGAUCCAGCGAAAAAUUUAAGUCUUUGAAAGACCUCAGGGAACAGGGAAAUUUUAAGAGUGCUUGUGUGUUUUCCCGUCUAUUUUUACGGUGUAAAAUUCUUUGGUAGUGGUAGAAUAUUGUUCGUGAAAUUGAACGACAAGCUGAUGUGAGGAAUUUCAAGAAAAUCAAUUCUUUUUGCACGUUAUGGUUUUAGAACUAUCAAUUCAUGUACACUGCAAGUGACUUGCUGAAAUCAAGUCGGUAAACUUAUCAAGUCGGUAGACUUGAUCUUUUUGAAGGGUCAUGUAAGGCGUUUUCAUGUGAUGCCACAGCAGCCAUGGUGUUCCAAAAGAUUGAAAAGGAGGCCAUGUUGGUGUCCAAAACGAAUCCUGAGGAGGCUUUUUUUUGUUAACGCUUUCUUUUGUUCCAAUUAAUUUGCAUAGAUGCUGGUCAUGUGGGUGAAAAUGCUCUAACUUUCUCCAUAUUUCCAAAAAGUGUUACACAGGCAUUUUAAGAAAGGAAAUUGCUUUUUAAGAGCCUUAUCGAAAAGAAAGGACCCAUGGCCCUCCAUGUUAUCGGAUGGAACGUUGGGGUGCUCUGCCUCUAAGCUAAAGUUGACUGACCGAUGGUGAAAGAGGGUAAAAUUCGAUAUUGUAUUGACAAUAUUUCACAUAGAGUGACCCUCAACCCAUUAAACAACGCCCCCAAGCGAAGAGGUACCUUAUACAUGGCACUCAAAUUUUAUUUUGAUAGUCGGUUUGAAUUCACUGUAAUGAAAUCCCGUUUUGUUGAAUGAUUCAGUGUCUCUUCUAUGUAGUAGGUUCGUUUCUGAUUCUCCGUUACUAACCAACGUUACUUUCUAUAUCACAGAUCACGUUCCAAGGCCGCUUGGCGAGUGGACCGCCUUACGUGACCGUCACGGCCAAGAGGCUCUUUAUCAACGGCACCAAGGUUAAACCACAUAUUGGGCUUGGGCGUGACGACAUAUUUGAAGGAUUGCGUGACUCUGGUCGAUUCAUAACCCGGUUUUUUAUGACGCCGUUGAUUAACGAAAGAGACUAUGAUGAAGAUGAUGUGUGAAUUAUGAGAGAGCGGGGCUUUCAUACAGUACUUACAAGCUUCUCUUGGAAAAGCAAAGGGGCAGUUGGUGUGGAAUUGUGUAUUGUAAAGAACGAUCAUUUUCUAGUAAUAAAGAGAAUGGGAUUAGUGUUUGGGAUAUAAUUUAUGGCACGUAAUGAAUAUUUAAGUGAUGUUUUCAAUACGGAAAACGGCUACAUCAAAAAAGCAAACAAGCUAGUCUAAGAUGUUUUAUGUUUGUAAAACAUGGAGAUUUAGAGCAGUAACAGCUUUGUCCAAUAUGAGGAAAUCCGUGAAUAUUUGAAAAAUUAUAGUUUACUUGCUCGUGUUCACUACAAAGCGGACUUCAUGUUGAAGACGUGUUUCUGUUUUAGAAACCGCUAGAAACUAUUGUGAACAACAUAGACAUGAAUGGAAAUUAAGCCAGAAGGCCUAAUCGUGAGUUGAGGGGCCUUUUACACCGCUGAUAAAUAUGGAUAUGGAGCAUUGUUGAGGCGAUAAGUUGUAUGCACGAUCAGCUUUUUAAGUUUGACAGAAACUAUCCGGCACAGAGACCAACGGCAAUAAAGUGAGUCA